AUGGCACCGAACGCAGAGCUCCCUGUGAUGUCAUCAUUUUCUGGCCCAGUCAGUGUAACGCAAUAUCUCGACAAGAGAACUACCAGCACACAGCCAGCUUCCUCUGCAGCCUCGAAUAGCAGCAGCAUUGCUCGUCCUAUUUCCAGCACAGAGACAGCACAUACUGCUUGUCUCAAUUGUUGCGAAUAUGUCCCCUCCCAACGAGGUUACAGGACCCCUCAAAGGAAAUACACAACAGCUUCAGGCAUCGCAGGCAGCGUCUCGGCCAUGCUACCCCAUGAGAUUCCUCUGCCUACAACAGAGGGGAGUCAUGGUGUGGUGAAUAAGUCAGCGCGUGGCGAGCCUUGGGAUAAACAGAUCGAAAUUGUGAGACACCAAUCUAUCACAGACAAACAAGAUCUGGAUUUGGAACGACCAUUGUCUCUCAGCAUUAUCGAAAGCUACGCAAUCAAGAUUCUCAGUCUGGCGACGUGUCGUGGGACCUUACUUGUGAGCAUCAUCAUGCAGGAGGCUGUUACCGACAAGGUCGUAGGAGCUUCCGUGUUAAGCAUAGGAGCAUUGAGUUACGCGGACAGCCUCUAUACUAGCAGAGAAGACUCUCAGAUGAAUAGAGAGUAUCGGGUCAAAAACGCAUAUCGUAUGGCGAUUCAAUACCAUCGAGAUGCACUGCUGAAGUUCCGCGAGAGGAUCGACGCGAUGGCUUUACCGCUGACGCGUCAAUCUAUGCUUGUCAUACUCAUCAUGACUAUCCUCUUCGCCACAUUCGAGCGACUUCUGGGGGAGAGUGAGCCUCUUGCUGGCCUCAUAGCAAACACAGAGAAAUUGUUGAACAAUGAGAUGGGCGGCGGUAUGGAAAAAGACAGUGCGCUGAAGGACGGCAACGAGAGAGACGACAACAAGGUGGAGCUCCUGUGUCUCGCAAUGGCUUGCUUGAAAAGCUCACCGGACACAAAACCGCUGGGGCCAUCGCAGCUGCCGAGCGACAUGAACACUGUUCUCGAGUCUCAGGUUGUGCCCCCUGACUCUCCCCUGUUUAUCGACAGACAACAGCUCUGCCAUAACUCUGUGGCAGUUAAACAGGGAGCAGGAGCUCAAUUGCAUCCUAAUUAUCUCAACAAUCCUACCAACGAGCCAUAUCAACGUCGCAAUCUAGAUAUCAAGUGUCCCGUUGACGCAUCUAAGCCUCGGCAGACCUACGUCAAGAAUGCCCUAGCCAAGGAGAAGGAGUCCGACGUGGGCCCACGGAUCUGA